UCUGUAUGGACGGAACAUUGAGCCUGCCCAAAGAUGUCCUCCUCCUCGUGGCAUUCCUAUGUUCAAGCCCCAAAAAUGAUGCUGUGCUCGAGUGGAGCCUCAAAAUCAACAAGGCCGAGGCAGAGUUCAAAGAUCAAAACGCAGCAGCUGUCUGCCUCCUCCCAUUGCUUGCAUCCUACUUUCAAGAAAACCUCGGAGAGCUCUUCCAGUUACAUCAGGUGACAACAGAAAUCACAGAGGAGUUUCGUAACAGUCUGCCUGCUUCUCCUGUAAUUGUUGCACUGGGCCGCUCACUUUUCGAAUGCAGCUGCCAGCUGUUUGUGGACCAUGAGGUGAUGGUGGAAGAUGUGGGCUUUCUGCAAGCUGUGGAGCUCCUUUUCGCCCUUUAUUAUUGUUUAAACAUCCAGUAUGCCAAAGGUGUGGGAACCACACUUGAGUUCAUUCAGAGAUACCAGGUUGGUAUCAAACAACAUGAUGGGUCACGACAGGAGGCCGGGAGGUCGAAAGGAGCUCGGGCAAGAGCAAUCAAAGCCGCCACAGAUCUUGCUGCUUUUGAGAAAAAAUGGAACAGUCUCAUCUGAUGAUCGAUCGGAUGCCAUGAAGGUUUCUUUAUAAUUAUGUUCUUUUACGGUUUACAAUAUAGUUCUUCAAUUUCAAAACUGC